AUGUUAAAUAACAUUAUUAGGCGUGGCAGUUACUUUAUUAGAUCUAAUAAAUUUAGGCCAUUCUCAUCUCUCUCAUCUCUCUCCGCCGAUGAGAUAAUGCUCCAAGACUCCGUACGCAAACUGGCUCAAUCAGCUAUCUCCCCCAAAGUUAGAGAAAUGGAUGAAUCUGAGCAUAUGAGCAAUGACGUAAUCUCUCAUCUAUUCAAUCAAGGCCUAAUGGGUAUCGAGGUUGACUCUCAGUUCAAUGGCUCUGAAUCCUCUUUCAUGAGUGUUAUUUUGGCCAUCGAGGAACUUGCAAAGGUCGAUCCAUCUGUCAGUGUCUUAUGCGAUGUACACAACACCCUUGUUUGUACAGUUUUCAACAAAUACGCUACAGAUCCUCAAAAGGAGCUUUAUCUGCCCCAGUUGACUACCGAUAAGAUCGGCUCUUUCUGUCUCUCCGAACCGGCAUCCGGCUCUGACGCUUUCGCUCUCCAAACCAAAGCCACAAAGACUGACAAUGGCUAUAUCCUCAAUGGUACAAAAAUGUGGAUCACCAACGCCGCAGAAGCUCAAGUAUUCCUCGUCUUCGCCAAUGUAGAUCCUUCCCUUGGCUACAAAGGCAUCACGUGUUUCAUCGUCGAUAAAGACCAAGGUGUCCAAAUUGCCAAGAAGGAGCAGAAGCUCGGCAUCAGAGCCUCUUCAACCUGUGUCCUCAAUUUCGACGAUGUAUUUGUCCGCGAUGACCAAGUCAUGGGCCAAGUCGGCAAAGGAUACAAGAUAGCCAUCGACAUACUCAACGAAGGUAGAAUUGGAAUCGCUGCUCAAAUGAUUGGUCUCGCUCAAGGCGCAUUCGCCAAAGCAGUACCGUACACAUACCAACGCAAGCAAUUCGGCAAGGCUGUAGGGGAAUUCCAAGGCAUGCAAUUCGCAUUCGCAGACGCCCACACCCAAAUAGAAGCCGCUAAGCUUCUCACAUACAACGCUGCGAGACUCAAAGAAGAAGGUAAACCAUUUACCAAAGAGGCGGCGAUGGCCAAAUACUACGCUUCGCGCAUCGCACAAGCUGUCUCGGGUGACGCAAUCGAAUGGGCUGGCGGAGUUGGGUUUACGAGGGAGACGGGCAUUGAAAAGUUCUGGCGCGAUAGUAAGAUCGGCGCUAUUUACGAAGGUACUACCAACAUCCAGCUCGCUACUAUCGCAAAAUUCAUCCAGAGGGAGUAUAGCGAUAUGUGA